CGGACAGAGGACUUCUGGCAGCUCUACGACGCCGGCAUCAAAAACCUGGACGCCCUUGAGCCAUCGUCCGAAAUGAUCAAGAUCGCUCAGAGUCGUGGCAUCUAUCAGCGCAUCAUCGAAGAUAUGAUCGGCCACCACCGCAUUGACGUGGAGGACAACACCUACGAUUUGGUGGUGGUGGCGGGAGCGUUCGGCCCCGGCCACUGCCCCCUGACCGCUCUGGAUGAAAUGAUUCGGGUCUGCAAACCAGGUGGACACAUCAUCAACUCGAUGAGGCUGGAGUUUCUCUUCAUAUCGAAGGACCACACGGGACUGUUGGACUACCAGAAGUCUCUGGAGGAACGGGGACUGUGGCGGCGCGUGUCCCACAUCAUUUUCGAUGGAUACUUUGAGACCGUCAAACAGGGCAUCACGUUCGUCUACCAAAAGAUCUGAGGAUGCUCCCAUAUCGUUGAAGCUGUCAGGCAGUGGUUAUCUUGAACUCAUGAUGCUGAACGCCGAUCAUAUCACUAAGAAUAAAUAAACAUAAGGGGUUAAAUUCGGCUCCCUUGGGGUACGUUUUGCAUCAAGUAGUCAAGCAAUGCGGCGCAGCGGGUUUUCAGGCGCAUUCUAGUAGUUCCAUCUAGCGGCGGGUGCACGAAAUGAGCUUUCUUUCCGAGUUUGAGACGGACGUCUCUGGCAUAUACCUACCUACCUAGGGGUCAAGGGGUUUCACAGUGCACAGUGCACGUUUAAGUUCACGUAUCACGUUGUGGAGAGAUCAGAUGAUUACUGAGCUGAGUGAGCAGUGUGCCUUGUGAAAAGCGAUGCUGAAUGGAGUGAGAUAUGUAGUGG